AUGAAGUUUGGAAAAUAUUUAGAAGCCAGACAAUUAGAAUUGUCCGAAUAUAAUGGCUAUUUUAUAAACUACAAAGCUUUAAAGAAAUUGAUCAAACAACUAUCGUUAUCUUCGUCCAUCCAAACAGUAAAUGACACUAACAAUAAUAAAUACUGCGCAAUAACGCCUAUUACACCAGAUAAUUCUGUUCCAGCUUAUAAGAUAUUGCAAACGAAUAAGUCCUCGUUUUUUUUUAGAUUAGAAAGAGAAUUGGAAAAAGUCAAUGAAUACUACUUAGAAAGAGAGGCCUAUUUGAAAGUCCAGUUUAAUACGGUAAAAACCAAAUCUGAGGAAUAUCAAAUAAAGGGUAAGUUAAGUUCCAAAUCAACCACUUCGUUCAAAAAGUUAUUCGAAGCUUUAAAAAGAUAUCAAAGAGAUUUGGACCAUUUAGAACAGUACGUUGAAUUAAAUAGAACUGGUUUUUCCAAAGUUUUAAAAAAAUGGGACAAAAGAUCACAUUCUCACACAAAAGAUUUUUAUUUGGCUACAGUAGUCUCCGUGCAGCCAAUCUUUAAUAGAAAUGAACUCUCCUUUUUAAAUGAUCAAUCUUUAUCAUUAUUAAUGGAACUAGAUGAAAUUAGAGAUAUUGAACUUCCUACAGACUUUUCGCCACCUACGACAUAUGCUUCAAUUAAUAGUUCGUCAAGAAAAAAAAUGUAUACUUCUUUUUCCAAUAUUGCUCGUCCAUCUACCCCUGGUUCUGCAGUUGCUGCUGCAGUUGCUGCUGUGACUAGUAACAAUAGCAGUAGCGAUGCUCCAAGUAUAUGUGGUGGUAGUAGUAUUAGUAGUAAUGGGAUGAAGUCAAGAUUCAGUAGUGAGCCAAUUAGUAAUACUCGUGUAAGUGCAGUGAGUGCUAUGUUAGAUAAUACUACUGCCGUACCUGAUACGAAUGCUCCUACUGUUGCUACUACUACUACUACUAAUAAUAAUAAUAAUAAUAAUAAUAACAUGGUCAUCACAAACUCUAUUGAUAUUGACCUAGAUAUUGAAUUAGAAAUUGAAAGCUGGGUUGGAGAAAUUGAAACUACUUGCCAAUUAAAAGAUGAAGCUCCAAAAUUAAAUUUGUUAAAACAAUUUCCAGAAAAAGUUAUAUUGUUUAUUAAUGAGGAUUUAAACCCCAAAUAUUCUAAUAAUAGUCUGUGUAUAUCAAGCCAUUCAGAUAUUUCUCCGGAUCAUACUAAUAAAAACAAUAUAAAUACUACGUUGGAUAACAAAACACUCAAUAAUAACAACAUAAUGCUGAACAUCUCCGAAAACAUACAGUCAUACAAACACUCGCAUAUAAAUAUAGCUUCUGCCAUAAGAACGGCAUUGACAAAAUUGUUUGUAUUAUUGAUUGGUAGUAACAAAGUAAAUGAUAAAUAUCUACAAACUUUUUUACAUGCCUGCGGCUCAGACAAAAUAGAUUUUUUAUUUGUGGACGAUGAGGAUACUUGGGUUUUCACAAAAAGAAAUAUGUUUCACGAUGCUGCAUCGUGUGUGGAAUUUGAUCGUUCUUUUAUACUGCAAGAAGCGUUAUCGCUAUAUUCUAAAAAUGAUCUAUUAAGACCAAAAUUCAUAAGGUUCUUGAAUAUUCAGGAUUUUAAUGGUUGUACCCCACUACAUUAUGCAUGUGAGUUGGGUAAAAUAGAUUUUGUUGAAUUGCUUUUAAAUUCACAAUAUGUUAAAGAGUCACUAGAUCUGAUAGAUAAGAAUUCCAGAACGCCUUUAAUAUUAUGCAUUGUAAACAAUCAACCAUUAGUUACUAAGGCCAUAUUAACCAGCACCAGCACUAAUCCAUUCCCUGUUAUUGAUGAGGACACUAAGCUACAAUUAUCUCCAUUGAAUGUUGCGUGUAUCUAUAAAAAUUAUGAAAUCACCAAAAUUAUUUUAGAUAUAAUGGGGAAUGUUGAUCUUUCUACCUAUCAAGACACACAAGGCUAUAUGCCACUUCAUUUGGCUGCUGAAAAUGGUGCUGAUAGCAAAUUGCUCAAAGUUUUAGUUGAGCAUGGUGCUGACCCGAAUGCUUUAGAUGGGUUUAACAAAUGGACACCGCUACUGUACGCAGCUCAAAAAGGUCAUCCAGAAACUGUUAGAGCAUUGAUUGAGGAAUGUCAUGCGGAUGUCACUGUUAAAGACGAAAAAGAUCUGUCGCCCAUUUUUUAUGCGUGUUGGGAAGGGCAUGUUGAUGUGAUGAAUGUUUUGAUUAAAUACAUAUAUUCCACCUUGAGGAAAUCUUCCGUUGAUAGUACGCAAAGUAUCACAGCAGAUACUAUGAGUACUAGUAUUGGCAACCACGAUACUACUAUGGCCGCUUCUGUUAAAAAUGCUAGCAACAAUGGCAGUAUUAAGGGUAUUUUACCAUCUGGUGAGUGCGCUUCUUCUGCAGAGCUAUUGCAACCUCAACAAAUGGAGAUGGUUGAUGAUUCAAUGGAUUUGCUUGAUUUGGAUGGAAUACCAGAUUUUUCCUUGCCUCCACCCAUAAUACCGUUAAGAAAAUAUGGUCACAAUUUUUUGGAAAAGAAAAUUUUUCUAAGGUUGCGUUUUAAAACGAAUUUGAAAUCUAUUGAGUUGAAUAAGGAGGAUUGCAUGGUUUCGCCAUCUUCAUUGGGAAGAAUAACGUUAACUUCUAAUAUACUAGACAUUAUUUCGAGGAAUAUUAGCCUACCAAUUGGACCGGAUGAUGAUGGGGAGGUUGUUUUUCAAAUCAAAGAUUUAGACCAGUUUGUGAUUGAUUUUGAAAUUUAUCCUGCUAGUGGUACGAGAAUGAUUGCCAAAACCAUUAUGACAUCUGGUAUGUUACACAACAAUAUUUCACCUGCCACAAAUCAGGGGCAUGCUGUCUUGCCCUUAUUAGAUUCAAGGUUGAAGUUGGUUGGCCAACUAAUGUUUGAUUUCCAGAUCAUCACGCCUUUUAAUAAAGUUACCAUGGAAGUCACCAAAUACGACACUUAUUGGAAGUCUACUGCAGAUGGUGGUGAUAUUACGUUAUCUUCGUUAAUGGGCAGGUAUUUAACUGUUUUGGUGACAAUAUUAAAUGAUGGUACUAUUAUUAGUGCUCCUAAACUAACAAUUGAGGAUAAAAAUAAUGGGUGUGAGUUAUUACUAUUGGAUUUAUCCCAAAAGCAAGUUGAAUUAUUAACGGGAAAAUCGUUGAACGACACAACGGGCAUGAAUUAUGAUAUCAAACAAUUUAUUUCGACUAAUUAUGUUUUGUUUGAUAAGUUAUUAGACUCGUUGCCAACAAAUGUUAAGUUAGACAUAAAAGUUGCAUUUCCCACAUUAGGUGAAAUUGAAGCUGUUCCUGUGAAACUAUCGUCACCGUUUGUGAAUAUUGAUAAAUUUGUUGAUGCUAUUUUAAACGUUCUAUUUCAUCAUGCACAAAAGUUGAAGGAAUCCGGUUCUAAAAGAGAGAUGGUAUUUUCAUCCUCAAAUCAUAAUAUAUGUUCGAUUUUAAACUGGAAACAGCCUAUUUUCCCCGUGAUUUUCAACAUGAAUACGAUUUAUAAGUAUAACAGUGAUAUUGCCGAAUUUACCGUUGACUCGCAAAAUCAUCUAAGACAUCUUGCAUUGAAAAAAGAUUUUAAUACUACAUACAAGGAAGAUUUCAAUUACACAUCAAUUAAAGAUAUUGUCAAUUUUGCAAGGAGUAAUAAUUUGUUGGGUGUUGUUAUACCAUGUGAUUUGCUUUAUACCUGUGAACAAUUAAUCCACAAAAUAUCUUCUUCUGGAUUAUUGCUAAUUGGUAGAGGCAAUGAUGAACAUGAUAUAGCACAUUUAAAAAUCAAUGGUUUAAAAACGGAUAGUGAGUUGGUGUUUGAAGAAAGUGUUUUAUAA